AUGGCAGAGGCACAGGAUGACGUCCACAUGGACACGCAGGACAUGGAGGACGAGACGCCGCCCUCGGACGUCUUCAUGGCACCGUCAAUUUCCAAGCCGCAUCUUCUGGGUGGUCGGUCUUACUCACACUUCUCACCCAUCCCCAAGCAAAUUGCAGAUGACAUGGCACGAGAGGUUGUCUUGGGUGUCGACGAAGCAGGAAGAGGCCCUGUAUUGGGCCCUAUGGUAUACGCCCUCUUCUACUUACCAAUCGAACUGCACCGCUCCCUCCUCGCCGAAAUCCACCACUUUGAUGACUCCAAGGUGCUCAAGGCCAAUGUCCGGUCCGAUCUUAUGCGCACGCUCUGCACCCAAGGCACCGAUCUCUACGAAGCCGGUGGGUGGGCAACGCGGCUGCUAUCUGCACAAGACAUCUCCGCGCACAUGCUGCAACCAUCCGUGUACAACUUGAACGCUCAAGCUAUGGAUGCGACGAUUGAUUUGAUAAAAGAGGUCCUGGCCAAGGGUGUUAACGUCAAGGAGAUAUACAUUGAUACAAUCGGCAAGCCCGAAAUCUACCAGAAGAAACUGGAGAGAAUAUGGCCAACCAUUAGCAUCACUGUCGCAAAGAAAGCCGACAGUCUGUAUCCAGUCGUAAGCGCAGCCUCGGUCUGCGCCAAGGUUACGCGCGACGCUGCACUAGACGUGUGCUACGAGCCCUACCACAGCCGCACCGAUCCAGAAGCCGAAGAUGGGGCACAAGUCCAAGCCGCGUGGGGAUCAGGGUAUCCGUCGGACGCGCGCACCUCAGCAUGGAUGAAGCAGAACAUGGAUCCCCUCUUUGGCUGGGGCAACGAGACUCGCUUUUCCUGGGGCACAGCCAAGGAAAUGCUUGAGGGGAAAAAGGCCGAUGUCAGCAUUGACUGGCCGGCGGAAGACGAUGGCAACGACAUGCGAAUGACGGACUUCUUCAAUGGAAAAAACGAGGCAAUCGGCGAUGAACUCGUAGACUGGUUUGGAAAGCGGGUGACGGAAGAGAUGGAAGUGUUUUGA